AAUCCCCUAGCUAGUUUGACAGCGUUCGCUUCUACUGUCGGGCCAGUCAUCUCGCCGAAUUCUUCGCACCGCGUGUGUAGAGUGACAAUGUAAAGUCGGCGACCCCCGUUGGAAGAUGUGAAGCGUCGAGGAGAGCGAAUCCGAGAAAUUAUACAGGGAGGAAUACGAGGAUUCAGGCGGAGCGGGGAGGGAAAGAAUUCCCGGACGGAUAACAUGCGACUCUCGAGGUGAAACGUCGAGAGGCUCGGCAAGUUUGACAGGCGUGACGCACCGACGUGUCCCUUCGACGCGCUGGCCGCGAAGAUCUCGUUUGAUCAAGCCGGACGGGGCUAUGGAGGACAGUAGCAAGGAACGCCGGGUCCUGCAGCACUAUGUUGCCAAGCAAGACACGGUACUGAUACGGAUAAAGGGUGCUUGCGACGUUAACGUUAACCAGUUGCGUCUGGGCAUGCUUGUAGAAGCACUGGAGGAUUUGAAGACGAGCGUGUUGAGGGUGCGGGUGACCGACACCGUCGACGGGUCUAAGAGCUGGUGCGGCACGGAAUGGCGUUGCCACACGUACGACCUGAUCCCCGUGUCCCCGCAGGUCUGGCAGUGCCUGCUCGCCGUGCAGUCGCCCCAGGAGAGGGUGCGACUGGCGAACGACGGGCCGCUGUGCGAGCAGCUGAGAAAUGUGUCCGUCAACGACGCGAUCUGGUACUGCGCCGACCCCGCUAACAGGCCCCGCGCCCGCGAUCUGGCGUUCGUCAGAUACGUCGGACACGUGCCGCAGCUCGGACUGGGACAUUACUUCGGCCUCGAACUAGUGGGAAGUCAGGAACUGUCUAAAACGUCCUUGUUGGCCAAAGAAUACUUUAGCGCCACGCAUUGGAAUGCCGCUACGAUAUUCGCCACGAUAAACAAUAUAUUACCUUAUAAAGAAACUGACUCGGUCUCUGGCGUUGAGAAAACACCGUUCUUGAAAAAUAACACGGCGACCGAGUACGCCAACGAUAAGAAAAGGUCGGUGCUCGACAGCACGCCGGCGGUUCUGUUAGAGCAAUUCACUCUGUUUGACGAUAACAAGAACAACAACCAGGACUCUGUCAACCUGCUGAAAGAACGUCAAGUCGGAAAGGCGGAUCUCGAAAAUGAUAUUAACAAUUAUACCAAGACCGCCGAUCACGCCCUUUUUAAAUGCGGUAAUGGCGAGAAGAACGAAAUCAAAAAGUUCAACAAGGUAGAGAAUAAAGAGGAUUUGGUGGUGGGCUCGAAUGUGAAAGUACUUCUGGAUGCUGAUGUCCACUACGGAGUUAUUCGGUGGCUCGGCACACCGCCUGGCACAAGCCCUGGCAAAUUGAUGGCAGCCGUAGAGCUGGACGACGGACAUCCUUUAGGUACUGAUGGAACUUACAAGGACGUCCGGUACUUUCAUUGCAGGCCUUACAGAGCCGUGUUCACGGACAUCGAACACUGUUCUCGCUGCGAAAACACGAAGCUCGACGAGCGGCCUGCGCUUAUAAAUAACGAGAAUUUCGGCAACAUGGAGAGUUCCGUAAUCGAGGGUAUAGUGCGGCCUAUCUCCGUUAAAGGCGACCUGGAAAGUAUAUGCGGCAAGUACCGUGGUAUUCAAGGCCAUCAUAAUUCGUGCUACUUGGACGCUACCCUCUUCAGCAUGUUCACAUUUACCAGCGUAUUUGACAAUCUGCUGUUUCGUCCACCGAACGAGAAGGAUUGUCCGCAGUACGAAGAAGUGCAGAGGGUCCUGAGAGAGGAGAUUGUGAAUCCACUGAGAAAAAACAUGUUUGUUAGGGCGGAUCGCGUGAUGAAGCUUAGGACGUUGCUCGAGAAACUGUCGUCAGUAUCCGGCCUCACUAGCGAGGAGAAAGAUCCGGAGGAAUUCUUAACGUCACUGGUCGCCCAGAUUUUGAAUGCCGAGCCGUUCCUCAAAUUGAGCUCCGGACAGGACGCCUACCAUUAUCAGUUGUUCGUCGAGAAGGACGAUCAUUUAAAUCUACCGACCGUGCAGCAAUUAUUGGAGCAGAGUUUCCUUACCAGUAACAUCAGAUUGAAGGAGGUUCCUUCCUGUCUCAUCAUACAAAUGCCGCGCUUCGGGAAGUCAUUUAAAAUGUAUCCGAAGAUACAGCCUACGUUACUGCUCGACGUAACGGACAUCAUCGAAGACUCGCCCAGACAAUGUACAGUGUGCGGCAAAUUGGCGGAAUUCGAGUGCAAGGAGUGUUACGGGCAAUGCGGCGUCGGUCUCGAGAGUAUAGCUUUCUGCUUACAGUGUCUCGAAAAAGUGCAUCGUCACGAACGAAGAACUAAUCACGAGCCAAAGAAGCUGAACGUUCCUAUGGAGUUCACAAUUCUGCAAGAACAUUGUCCCGUGCCGCGUCUGUAUCUCGAGCUGUCCGCGGUGGUCUGCAUCGAAACUUCGCACUACGUUUCAUUCGUGAAGUGCGGCCCUGGCUCGGAGGCACCAUGGUGCUUCUUUGACUCCAUGGCCGACAGAAAAGGAGAACAAAAUGGAUAUAAUAUACCGGAGAUGGUGCCGUGUCCAGAUUUCCCUUACUGGCUGAGUGAAGAAGGAGGGAAUUACUUGACCGAAUUGACGGACGACCGUCACCUGCCGGAACACGCCAAGCGUCUACUUUGUGACGCGUACAUGUGCAUGUAUCAAUCCCCAGAUGUUAUGAUGUACAAAUAACUCGAAAAAGAAAAGAUGACUCAUAUAAGUAAUGUUAGCUCUAGCAUUACUGCAAACGUGCAAUCUCCUGCUUACAGCUUUCCUUAAUGACUCAAUAAGUUUACACAAAUCCACAUAUAACGAUUGUAGCCGCGAGACAAUCCCGAGGUCUCGAAAUCUCAUGUACAAAAUAGGAGUUAUACAAGUUUGUAUGCAAGAAUAUAGUUGUAUAAAAAAUAAAAUUGAAAAUACAGA